AUGUCUGGCUCGUUCAUGAACACUCUCUUCGGGUCUAACUCAGACAAAUGGCCUCACGACGAGGAGUCGCUUAUUCUAGCUCUUCAGACGAGGAUACAGCAGGAGCGCACCAAACAGGAGUAUUACAAGGUAGAGCAGCUGAAUAGAACGUUGGAGCUGGUGAAACUGGCUGCACAGAUCAACGUCCCGCCCGAACUCAUCCCCGUUCUCGUUCCUGAAAGGUCAGGAACACUGCCUGCUCCAAGCAUAAACAAGGCAGAACCUAAUCCCAUGGCCAGCUUCAAGUUUGGGUCCGGCUCCGCUCAACGCAAAACCACUCUGAACCCUAGACACCAACUGUCUCCGUCGAGAAUCGGCGCCCACGCAGUCUCGUCUUUGCUAAACGGCAAGCAGCCACUCGCCGUCAGCGACGUGCGACGUGGCAGACACCACAGAACCAUCUCGCUGCCGCCAGAAGUCUCAAUUCCAGAAGAUUCAGAGCACAGCUCGCGGAAAAGACACAGCUUUCAGCCGACGUAUCACUAA